AUGGUGGGAGGAGCGGCGUCGAGGCAGCGCGUGGUCGCAGUAGUGACGUGUCUCGACGUCAAGCUCAAGGUGACCUUAGGGCCUCAGCACCUGGUCAAGCCACUCACAGAGGCGCUGCUCCACCCCUACCUCAAAGCGUUUGCACGAAAGCGCGGGACCGAGUGGGAGCGCCUCCGCAUCGAGGCGGUGUGUAUUGGUGGGGAGCAGACAUUGACGCUCGCCGAGUGCGAGGCUCCAGCUGCGGGGCUCCUACUCGCGGACACGCUCGACGUCGAGAUCGUUCUCGACCCCGAGAGCACGACCAGCGUUUACGCCGGCGUGGACGCUGCCAUCGCCAGCACGCUCGCUUCUUGCGGGCUCGACGAAGACGUGGCGGCCAAGAUUAAGCAGCGCGCAAAGACCAGCGCGAACUUCCCUGUGGACGCCGGCGCCGUGCUUCCCGAGGCGAUUGAAGAUGCGAUCCAAGCCGGCAAGAUCAAAACGGUGGAGAAGUGGCUUACGUCAGAUGACGGCCACGGCGACGCGCUGCGCGACGACUACCAGGAGUGGGGCCCCGAGCGCAUGGGUGGCUGCCUCAUCAACGGCAAGCGUCUCGAUGACGAGCCGGGCUACUACGACAAGCCACCGACCAUCAUGGGCACGUACAUUCCCGCACUCAACAUUGCAGCUUUGCACGGCAACCUUCGCAUGGCGCAGCUCUUCCUCAAGCAUGGUGCCAAGGUCAACCGCACCGACUGGAGCGGCGGCACGGGCGCGCAAGGCUCCACCGCGCUGCACUACGCGGCGUUUGCGUGCGCUACGCCGGUGGCAAAGAUGCUCAUCGAGGCAGGUGCCAACGUCAACGCGCCGACCGAGAAGGGCCACGCCACCCCCCUCAUGGAGGCCGCGAAGGUCGGCUACGGAGACUGGCCGCCUCGCUUCACGGGCGAUCAGCUCGGGGAGCUCAUCUCAACUCUUCUCGAAGCCAAGGCAGAUCCGACCCUGAUCAACGGUGCGGGACAGACUGCACGGGAGAUUGUGGUUAAGUCGCGGGCGGACACGGUGCAGAUGGUUCGCAACCACCCGUUUGCGGCGCCCGGCGCCUCUAACUCGGUGACGACGUGGACGGGCUUUGCCAAGGCGAUCCGACUGCUCGAGGAAGCUGAGAAGGCGUGGAAGGCGCAGUGA